AUGACUUCCAUUCUUAUGGACACUAUGCCAUGGCAUGAUGGGGAACAACGAAUGCAACGCUUACUCCAUGUACCUCCUCUGCCAGAGCAGCCGAUUUCCUGCAGAGGGCCCCCCCUUGUUGCACUUGGAGCCGUGGAUAAGGAGGGAAGACCGUGGUCAACAUUAUGGGGUGGACAGGCAGGUUUCGCUGGUCCCAUCGCUGAGUCAAUUAUAGGACUUCGAGCUCAGGUUGACACCAGAUAUGACCCCGUUUUCAGCGAACUCUUUGGCAACAGACCUAGUGGCAUCACUACUGAUAAUCCAAUGGUUUCCGGACUGGCAAUCGAUCUAGAGAACCGACGACGAGUGAAGCUCUUUGGUCAUAUGGUGGCGGGAUCUCGGAAUGAUGGAGACGUAGGACAAGCACAACUGGUGGUUAAGAUUGAAGAAAGUUUGGGGAAUUGUCCUAAAUACCUGAACAAAAAACACAUCUUACCCUCUCGGUCAAAUCCUCAACUUAUCUUUGACUCCCCUCAACUGAGCCAAUCAGCCAUGGACCUUUUAUCUCGCGCAGACGCGAUAUUUGUGUCUUCCUCAAGAGGCAAAACUGAUAUGGACACCAACAUCCGCGGUGGACCCCCAGGGUUCGUUAGAGUCGAGUCGAAUGGACCAAGUGGAGCAGUUCUGGUUUAUCCAGAAUAUUCUGGAAAUCGAUUUUACCAGACCCUGGGCAACAUGCAGGUCAACCCUCUGGCGGGAUACGUGAUCCCUGAUUUUGAAACUGGUGAUGUUCUUUACAUCACAGGUCAUACUCAAAUCCUCGCUGGAAAAGAAGCCGCAGAAGUGUUGCCACGGUCAAAUCUUGCUGUGAGAAUUUUUAUUGAUGCAGCGAAAUAUGUGCAGAAUGGACUCGCCUUUCGCGGCCAGCCAGGAGACGCGUCUCCUUACAACCCAUCUGUUCGUUUUCUUUUGGCCGAGAAGACUAUCCCUUCCACGGAUAUUUCUGGAGACAUGAAAGCAACUCUUAUAAAAAAGGAAAUCAUCACACCAACUAUUCAAAGAUUUCGAUUUCGAGUCGCAAGUCAUAGCCCUGUGUUAUGGGUGCCAGGUCAAUAUGGUACAUUUUCAUUCGACGAAGAGCUCAAUAUGGGAUACAGCCACAUGCGAGAUGAUGAUCCAACUAGUUUGAACGAUGACUAUAUUCGAACCUUCACAGUCUCAUCCUACCCAGGUCGUGACUUACCAUCCAAUGAAUUCGAAAUCACAGUUCGUCUCCACGGCAAAGUUAGUGAAUAUCUUUUCCGAGCUUACGAGGGUGCCGGAAUAGAAGUGCCUUUGAAAGGAUUUGGAGGUAGCUUCCGACUACCCCAGGCUACUGAAAGUAAUGAAAUUAUACCAUUUGUGGCCGGUGGGAUUGGAAUUACUCCUCUCCUAGGACAACUUCCGGGCCUUGAUCUCUCACGCCUGCGCCUAUUCUGGUCUAUCUCAAUUAAUGACCUAGGGAUUAUUCAAGACUUAUUCCAGAAAUGGCCUGAUCUAGCUGUACCCACCACUCUUUUCAUUACUGGGUCCCCUUCGAGUAUUGAUGAGCGCCAAAAGUCCAUCUAUGAUACAAUUCAGGCCUCCAAAGCUCAUAUUGAACUACGCAGAAUGCAAGCUGAUGAUUUGGAACAGUCCUUGGCUGACACUUGGUAUCUAUGUGCGGGACAUGAAUUACAGCGCAGCGUUCUGUCCUGGUUAACUGGGAAAAAGGUGGUGUGGGAAGAUUUUAAUUAUUAG